AUGUCAAACGUGUUGCACCGAAGCUCACGGACACACAAAAACAAAAAAGAUUUUCGUUUGGAAUUUGGACAAGAAAGAAUGUCAGAAAAUCAUUGGCAAGAAAAAUCUUGUUUUCGGAUGAAAACCGAUUCGAUAUUGACGGUAUAUAUAAAUGAUAGAAUAUAUGCUCCGAAUCGUGAACAAGCUGAUGAAAAUGGUGGCAUUCACCGAAAAACAAAAUUUCCUCAAGGUGUGAUGGUUUGGUUAGGCGUAUGUUAUGACGGCGUGACACGCCCAGUUAUCAUUGAAAAUGGUACGAUAAAUCAUCAAAGGUAUGUUGACGAAAUACUGCCAGUCAUACUAGAAGAUGGUCAGAAGUUGAUGGGAAAUGAGUUUACAUUUCAGCAAGACGGGGCACCGGCGCACAAAGAUCAUCACACGCAAACAUGGUGCAAGGAUCAUUUUUGGGAUUUUUGGCCAAAAUCGAGAUGGCCACCAAAUUCGCCCGAUCUCAACCCUCUCGACUAUUCCAUUUGGUACGAACUGUGUGAGCAGAUGAACUGGGGCCAAAAGACUUUAAUUUAUCAAAUCCGUGCCGGUGUAAAAAAGAUCCGAACAGAAGUCGUGCGUCGCAGUGUGGACUGUUGGACUAAUCGAGUUUAUCGAAUGUUGCAGAAAAGAUGUGAAUAUGUUUUUUAA